UCCCCAGCUUCAGUCAUCCCAUGCCUCCAGUUUUUCAGCUAUCUCUUGUUAAGGGAGCUUCAAGCCUGUCUCCCAAGCAUCCUCUCACCUGAUAGAAGGGAAUUUUCACUAAAACAUCGCUGACUUCACGGUGCUGCUGUGCCAAGCACAGGAAAACGUUGGGGUCUGUGACAGCUUUUGCACUCGGUAUCUUUGUCCCUGGGGUUUUAAGUAGGUUCACCACGGGAAAGGUAGAUGAGGAAGUAGCAGCUUAACGGUUUUAGCUUAUUGGACUGUUGCUUUGCCAGGCUAAUCAUUUUCAGAAGAUCACCAUGAAGUGGUAAAUGCAAAUGCCCUUGUGAGGCUGCCUUUGCCAGGCUUCAGACAUGGGGUCAUUCGGGCUGUGUUCCGAGUUUGGGAGCUAUUUGUCUAGCCUUCCGGGGAAUUAGGUUUUUUUAAUUGGUUUAGGAUUAGACGUAAACCAUUCUGGUUGGACAGAAUUCCUUGGUGGGUGUAUAUGAGGGGCUUGUUCCUGGGUGAAGAGGAAGGUUGUGCAUUGGGGUGGUGUGGGUGGCUAACAGAUAAGUUAUAGGAGAUUGCAGAAAACACUCCAACCCCCGAAAGGAAGUCAGAAGCGAACCGCCAGUUCCGAAGCUUCCCCAGGCGAACACAAAGGUGUGGUCCAGCGCCUGUCCCGCCCCUUCCCUGGGUGGAAACUAAGCGUUACCGGAAGUUGCGAGGCGGGUUCCUAUGCGGCGGCACGGCGUGAUCGAAAUGGCGACAGAGGGAGAUGUAGAGCUGGAGUUAGAGACGGAGACCAGCGGCCCGGAGCGGCCUCCGGAGAAGCCACGGAAGCAUGACAGUGGUGCAGCUGAUCUGGAACGGGUCACUGACUAUGCAGAGGAGAAAGAGAUCCAGAGUUCCAAUCUGGAGACGGGAGAAGGAACUGGCAAAGGUUACAAUCAAGAAGGAAGAUCUGGAGUUGAUAGUGAGUAG